CAAGUUCUCACAAAGACACAAAGGCUCUUCAGAUUCCUUCGUCUCUCCGAGAGAUCGCUAGGCCCAACAGGAAGCUAUGAUGGGUCCUGGUAGAUGCAAAAGGCAGAAGCAUGAAAGUCGGCGUGGUAGCUCAUCGCUACUCCAAUCCCUGUCAAGCAUCGUCAGUCAUAACAGAACUGUGUGCCUUCAGUUUCUUGAGCAAUUAAAUGACUUUAAGUAUGGGAGUGCCACGGGAGAUUACAACGCGAUCAGUAUGAAGCGGCUCGAACUUAUCAACGCCCUACAAAAGCUUCAAGAAGUACCUAUCCAGUUGCCUUAUGCCAGUCCACAGAAUUCAUCAGAAGCAAAACUUGGCCUUGGGCAAAACGGGAGGAGCUCUAGUUGUCCUAUUACAGUUGACUUGGAUGCAGACGAUGCUGCAGACAGUGCCUGUGAUAAUGUGGACAGCAUCGGUGCUAACGUAACCGUAAUUUUAGUUGAUUCUGAUGAGGACAGUGUUACAUCCUUUGCAGAUGAAAAUUCAUCUGGUUCCAAGCAAAGUGCAAAUUAUAUUCAAAAAGGUGUUAUGUCCGAGCAGCCCGUCGACCAUCAGGAAAUCACCAUGCUGGAUAAUGAAAACAUCAGCUCUGAAGCACAAGUAAUAGUUAAAAAAGGAAAGGAUAGUAUGGACAUAAACGAUGCUUUUCACAGCAAGAGUGGACAUGAGGAGACAGGGAAAGAGGAAAGAGAAGCUGAAAGUGUCCAAAUAAAAGAAACCUUAAAGAAAGAGAUCAUCUCCAUUGCUGAUUCUGGUGAAUUACCUUGUGAAGUGCAGAGUCAGUCACUAACCAAUGGAAAUAUUAAUCAAAAUGACAGCAGCAACCCAGUUGAUGAUCUGGAAGGACUUUGGAUGGACAUGUCUCUAGCAAUGGCAUGUUCGAAGAGCAUUGGAAGCAAUCAUAAUAUUGUCCCAUCAGAGAAUUCUUGUGAACAAGAGGAGGAUGAUUGUCAUCAUGAUUUCCUGAUGAAAGAUGAUUUGGGGAUUGUUUGUCGCAUUUGUGGUCUAAUCCAGCAAUGUAUCGAAAAUAUUUUUGAAUACCAAUGGAAAAAGAGGAAGCAAUCGUACAGAGCACACCCCUCAGAACACAGAAAUUCUAGUGACGCGGAUGCAAUUAACAAUACUCCUGGAGCUAUUCUCAAAGUGGUUCCUGAUGCACUAUCUAUCCACCCUCAACAUUCCCAGCAAAUGAAACCUCACCAAGUGGAAGGUUUCAAUUUCUUGAUCAAGAACUUGGCAGAUGAGAACAAUCCUGGUGGCUGUAUUCUAGCACAUGCACCAGGUUCCGGGAAGACUUUUCUGAUAAUUAGUUUUGUCCACAGCUUCCUAGCCAAAUACCCUGAUGGAAGGCCAUUGAUUAUUCUUCCCAAGGGAAUACUGUCAACAUGGAGAACCGAAUUUCUCCGCUGGCAAGUUGAUGAUGUUCCUUUGUAUGAUUUCUACUCCUCCAAAGCUGAUAAACGGUCUGAACAGCUCAAAGUUUUGAAAUUGUGGGAAGACAGCAGAAGCAUCCUGUUGCUGGGCUAUCAGCAAUUUGCAUGCAUAGUUUCUGACCACAGUUCUGAUACAGAAGCCAUCAUGUGCCAGGAGAAGUUACUGAAGGUCCCAAGCCUUGUCAUUCUAGAUGAAGGACACACCCCAAGAAACGAGGAAACAGACCUGCUCACUUCACUUGAAAACAUCCAAACUCCUCGAAAAGUGGUCCUCUCAGGAACCUUGUUUCAGAACCAUGUGAGGGAGGUUUUCAACAUUUUGAAACUUGUCCGGCCCAAAUUCCUGAAGAUGAACAGAUCCCGUGCAAUAGUGAAGCGCAUACUAAGCAAGGUGGACUUGUUGGGGAAGAGUGCACGGUCAAAGAAUGUCUCAGAUAAGGACUUCUUUGAUCUGGUUCAAGAACACCUCCAAAAAGAUGGAAAUGACAAGAUGAGAGUGAUGAUCAUCCAAAAUCUUCGUGAGCUAACUGCAGACGUGCUUCACUACUACCAAGGCCAGCUUCUGGAGGAGCUGCCUGGGCUUGUGGACUUCACAGUUUUCCUCAACAUGAGCAGCAAACAGGAAGAGAUGAUCAAGGGCUUGGAUGGGAUAAACAAAUUCGCGAGGCGCUCGAAAUGCAGUGCCAUCUCUCUUCACCCAUGCCUGAAGAACGCCCACAGAGCCGACGAAGAUGGUGGAAAUGUCACCUACAAGAACAACAUUGGCUCCGUCAUCUGCGGGAUCGACAUCGACGACGGGGCGAAGGCCAAGUUCAUACACAACCUGCUGUCUCUCUCGGAGGCCACGGGAGAGAAGGUGCUCGUGUUCAGCCAGUACGUGCGUUCCCUGCUGUUCCUGGAGAAGCUGGUCGCGAGAACGAAAGGAUGGAAGCCGGAGGUGCACACCUUCAGGGUCACCGGCGGCUCGACGCAGGAUCAGCGGGAGCGGGCGGUCCGCAGGUUCAACGGCUCGCGGGACGCCAGGGUGUUCUUCGGCUCCAUCAAGGCGUGCGGCGAGGGGAUCUCCCUCGUCGGCGCGUCCCGCGUCGUCGUCCUGGACGUCCACGAGAACCCCUCCGUGACGCGCCAGGCGAUCGGGCGCGCGUUCCGGCCGGGGCAGUCCAGGCCGGUGUACUGCUACCGCCUCGUCGCCGCCGGCUCGCCGGAGGAGGAGGACCACCGCACCGCCUUCAAGAAAGAGCGGGUGUCGAAGCUGUGGUUCGAGUGGAACGAGCUCUGCGGCAGCGGCGACUUUGAGCUCGCGACGGUGGAUGUUUCGGACAGCGAGGAUAGGUUCCUUGAAAGCCCUGCGCUGAAACAAGAUAUCAAAGCCCUGCUCAAAAGGUGAAUGCAGUCGUUGAAUGCUGACCAGUGACCGUUUUAGCUGACUGGUUAAGUGCCGGGGAUAGGUAGCACAUGUGACGAAGAACUAGGGGGAGGAGCUGAACAACCCGAGCAAGUUUUCUGUGAUUUUUCGCAGUGUUUGGCAGAUGGUUUGCAGUAUGUUAAGACGAAUAUGGCAUUGCUAUUAAGUGUAAGAAUUAGAUGCUUUUGAUUGACCUUUAGGGUUAUAAGUUCCUGGACAUAAUUAUAUUCUCUUGUAUGAAUAUUCUAUGCUGCCGGUUGAUGAUGUAUGAACAUU